AUGACCAGCAUCAAGGGACCCGGUGCGCCAGAGACCUUCGACGGCUCUGAUCUGCGCAUUGCUAUUGUGCACGCUCGUUGGAACACCAAGAUCAUCGAGAGCUUGGUAGCCGGCGCCAAGAAGAGCUUGUUCGCUGCUGGUGUCAAGGAGGAGAAUAUCACCGUCCAGACUGUUCCGGGCAGCUACGAGUUGCCAAUUGGUGUGCAACGCCUCUACGCCGCCUCCCAAGUGCAAGCCAGUCAGACCGGCGAAGGCCCCAGCGCCACAGACCUUCUCUCCGGCUCGACCUCCGAUCUCAGCAAGACCGCCACCAGCCCCGCGACGACUCCCAAGAAGCCCUUUGACGCGAUCAUCGCCAUCGGCGUCCUGAUCAAGGGUGCCACCAUGCACUUUGAGUACAUUGCCGAUGCGGUCAGCCAUGGGCUGAUGCGGGUGCAGUUGGAUUCGGGGGUUCCUGUGAUCUUUGGUCUGUUGACGGUGUUGACGGAGGAGCAGGGGUUGGAGAGAGCUGGGUUGGGGAAUGGGGGUAUGCAUAAUCACGGUGAGGAUUGGGGGAGUGCGGCGGUGGAGUUGGGUGUGAAGCGUCGGGAUUGGUCUGAGGGGAAGAUUCUGUAG